CUUCUCAAUCGUGUUGGGCACUCUAUGUGGCACGAAGCAACAUCGUCACUCUUUUUCUCUCAUGUUGUCGACGCGAGGACGCCUCCCUACCCCUGACUAUCCUUUAAUUCCCCAUUCUCCAAAACGGUUGACGGACAAAACGCGCUCCAGAUAAAUGUGCACGGUGCAUACGGCUGAAUGCCUAGUCUGCAGGAAAGAAUAUCUCAUCUUUGUUGCUCUUUGUCGGGAUUCUCGGCCGCCUACUCACGACUGCCCUCGGGAGGUGACGAUUGUACUCGAGGAAAUGCGUGAAGGUGGAUGUCCGAGUCCUGUCUGUCCAAAUAGCUUGAGAGGAGGCUGUCAAGUGAUGUGAUGACCGGCACAAUUACAGUUGAAGGAAGAUAACCGAGGUCAACCGCCAAAAAUAUUGCAGAAAUAUUGACUGAUACGACAAGGGAGGCACAUUCACACAAUCUGAAAUCAGACGACUUCCUUGGAUGAACUCAGAGCUUCUGCUCGGACGACUCUAUCUCGACAACUUGGUCUACACCCUGAUAGGGAGGAACUUCGAAGUUAUACUUUUUGGCAAUAGAUGGGGACACAACCGUCCGCCGACAAAGUGCCGACCGGUGAAGUGAUUGACCAGUGGCU